AUAUGACGACAAUAUAAAUGAUUUUGCUAAUAAAAAGUCGCGUAAAAAAUUGUAUAUCUUGUUUCUUAUUUACGCUCUUCCUUAAAGACUAUUUAGUUCGUUUAUUUAACUUAAACACCUUUAUUAUUAUUUUAGAAUGGUGGGGCAUAUAUGGGGCGGCAGAAAUAAAGUGGCCUACACUGAUAAAAAAUCUAAAACCGACACUGAUUGGUACAAACUACGAAUAGUAGAAUAAUAAAAUAAAACAAUACCGUUACCCUCACAAUUAGACAGAUAUAAGAACUUUAUUAUUUUGAAUACAUAAGCGUUAGUAAUACUAGCACAUUUUUCCCGUCUGCCCGUGAUUACAGAUACUGUAAAGGAACCGAAACGUCGGGACUAUGUAGUUAUAAAAGAAUAAAAAACAUCGUGAGGAAACCUGGACUUAUAAUUUCAAAUUAUAAGUUUGAAAUCGCCAACCCGUCUUGAGCAAGCGUGGCGAUUAAUGCUCAAACCUUCUCGAUGCGUGAAGAGGCUUAUGCUCAGCAGUGGGCUUCCGAUAGGCUGAUGAUGAUGAUGAUGAUGAUGAAAAAACAGGAAUCUUAUUAGAAACAUAGUUUCACUUCAAUGACUACAACUGAAAAUCUUAGAUAUAGGUUAGUAAUAGGUUAAACAAAAAUAGUUUGAAAUUUAAAAUAAAGUAAUAAAAAUUUUAAAGGUUAUAUUAUUUCUGACAUUAGUCGAUUCCAUUGAAUAUAAAAGAUUUGUAAAUCAAAUUUUACAACCAUUACUGCUUAUGGACACGUAUAAAAUGUUUUGAUAAUUUAAAAGUGUCGUAGUGACGACGAUGUCUCCUCUCCACACGCUAGUGUUGCUUUCAUUUCUCGGAGGUUUGGCGGGUUCAGACGUUGAGUUUCCGCCGAAUUUCAAAUUUGGCGCCGCGACAUCGUCUUAUCAAAUAGAAGGUGGAUGGAAUGAUGAUGGUAAGGGUCCCAGCGUUUGGGACGAUUACGUCCACGAGAAUCGUGUGAAAAUUAAGGAUAAUUCAAACGGAGAUGUCGCGGCUGAUUCCUACCAUUUGUGGAAAGAAGACAUAAAGAUAACAAAGGAAUUGGGGCUGCAAUUUUAUCGUUUCUCAAUAAACUGGCCAAGGAUUCUGCCAACUGGUUUUUCAAAUAAAAUAAACAAAGCUGGUGUGAAAUAUUACAAUGAACUUAUAGAUGGUCUUGUGAGUGCUGGUGUUGAACCUGUCGUCACUCUCUAUCAUUGGGAGACGCCUAUUAUAAUCCACAAACUUGGUGGGUGGACAAAUCCUUUGAUAGUGAAAUGGUUUGCACAUUACGCCAGAAUCGUGUUUUCCCUUUUCGGUGACAGAGUUAAAACCUGGAUAACAAUAAAUGAAGCGAACGUUCAAUGUGAUUAUUUUUACAACUCUGGAAUAUUCAUUACUGCUAAGGAAGAUGUCUUUGCACCAUUUCUGUGCAAUAAACACAUUUUAAUGGCGCAUGCGCAUGCGUACAGGAUAUAUGAAAAAGAGUUUAAACCUAAGUAUGGAGGGAGUGUAUCUUUGGCUAAUAAUUUUCUGUGGCUGGACCCAUACAUCUCGAAUCACGAAGAACUUGCUGAGCUCGGCAGAGAACACGCGAUUGGUAGAUAUUCCCAUCCAAUCUAUUCCAAAAAGGGUGGUUGGCCUCCCGUACUAGAAAAAGUCCUACUGGAGUAUAGUUUGAAACAAGGAUACAAGGAAUCCAGAUUACCAACAUUUACGAAACAAGAGAAGGAAUUUGUAAGAGGCACGGCUGAUUUUUACGGCGUGAACUAUUAUACGUCUAAUUUGAUCAGGCCAAUUAAACCCGGCGAAGAUCCCGGAUAUUUCUUCAUAACAGGAGUACCCGAACUGAACGCCAUUUUGGUACAUCCUAAUAACACUUGGUAUGGGGCUCUAGAUAUAUUACCGGUGUAUCCGCUAGGUCUACGCCGCUCAUUGUCUUGGUUGAAGAAAAGCUACGGUGAUAUCGAUAUUCUUAUAACAGAAUGUGGAUUCUCAACCGCAGGAUACGAUCUCAACGAUUACAAAAGAACUAACUUCUACAGAGACCACUUAGAACAGGUUUUAUUAUCGAUAAAAGCUGACAACGUGAGCGUCAUUGGAUUCACUGCUUGGUCACUAGAAGAUAAUUUUGAAUGGACUAACGGAUACAAUAGUAAAUUUGGUCUGUACGAAGUUAACUUUGAAGAUCCUAAAAGAAGCAGGACUCCGAGAAACUCAGCACAUUACUAUUCGUGUGUGGCGAAAAAUAGAUCAUUAAAUGUUACGAGUUCUUGUAUAGACAGCUCUUAUAAUUCAGGAGACGUCUGGCUUGCGGAAAAUGGCGGCAAAUCUUUGAAUAGCGAAAUAAUUUUGACAGCUUUAAAUAUAAUUUUAGGUUAUUUUUUGUUUUGAUAUCUUUUAUUCACAAUAAUUUAUAAUAACUUUUAAUUUGUUCAGCAUUCAAGAUUUAUAUAGCUAUGGGAAAUAUUCUAAAGUAUUACUAAAUAUAACGAUGUACAGCAGAUUUUAUUAUUAAUUGAAAUAAUGUUGCCAUGUUCAAAUAAAUAUGAAAACAAUU